AUGGAAUCUGUGGCAAUCGACACCUGUGAGCUGGAAAAAGAUUCUGGAAAUGACUAUGAGCUGAGAGCAAUACGCGAAAUAACUAUCACUUUAGACAAUGCCCGACAGUUUGCAAGCGUGAAAUUUGAGAGUUACUGUAAACAACACGGUAUUCAUUUAAAUUAUUCAACGCCUUACUGGCCGCAGGAGAACGGUUUAGUAGAACGUCAGAACCGCUCAUUACUAAAACGACUUCAAAUCAGCCAUGCUUUGGGACGAAACUGGAAAGACGAUCUGAUGGAUUAUCUAAUGAUGUACUACACUAGUCCGCAUUCCACCACAGGAAAAACACCGACAGAAAUGGCUUUUGGCAGAACCAUUCGCUCAAAAAUACCUAGUCUGGGUGAUAUUGAAACACUACCUGUGAACGAUGAAACUCGCGACAGAGAUCACAUUAUGAAGGAAAAGGGAAGAGAAUGGGAAAAUGCAAAGAGAGGUGCUCGUGAAUCGGGAAUGCACGUCGGAGACAAAGUACUCAUGAAAAACUUGCUACCAGGAAAUAAAUUCACAACCACUUUCAAUCCCAGUGAGUACGUCAUAGUUAACAAAGAAGGUUCUCGUGUUACGGUUCAAAAUAAAGAAUCAGGCAAAACAUACCUACGAAACGCUUCUCAUUUAAACGAGUUCAAGACGGUGAUAUCGAGACGACAGCACCACCAUCAACUUCACCUGGACACUCAGAACAAAAUGUAUCAGAGUCAUCCCCUUCGACAUCAAAACCACAGGUAUUUAUCGAACCUGAAUCUUUCAGGGCACGCAGAGAAGUAA